AUGGCGCCCGUUGCAAAAAAAAACACCAAGCCCGUCUUCAAAACGGCGUCGCCUUUUACAGAGACUCAAUGGCCAGAGCUAUCGCACGACGAUGAACUGGUCGUCCUAGAAAUGCUGUCCAACCUCAUCGCGCCGCUAGGCGACUACCGCAGAACCCACAUGCACCCAUCCAAAGGCAAGAAGCGAAAGCGCGCCACCACCAAACCGGAUCAAGAUGACUCCACCACCGAGACCCCACCGCCUCCACCACCCAUAGGCAACCACCUACUCAUUGGCCUCAACAGCGUCACCCGUCACCUCGAGGCCCUGGCAGCAAAGACGGCGCCCUCGACGACACUCGUCGCUUCUGCCGAACAGCAUGUCCCUGGCGACGACUUGCGGCCUCUGAGCAUGGUUAUACUCACCCACCCAAAACCAUCUCUCUCACCAGCUCAUGCCCAUCUCCCUACCUUGGUUCAUCUAAGCGCCCUCUCAUCACCCUCUACUAUGCCAGAUGCCCCACUGACAGCAACCCGCCUAGUCCCUCUGCCCACAUCGGCAGAAAGCCGACUUGCCUCCAGCCUGCAUAUCCCCCGCGUUGGUGCCCUGGCUGUAUAUGCAGACGCACCUGGAGCCAGGAUGCUGGAGGAUUAUGUUCGCGAGCACAUUGGCGUGACGGAAUGCAAGUGGGUCCCAGAGGCCUUGAGUGCAGAAUGGCGGGGGAUGAAAGUGAGCCAGGAAGUACCACGCGCAAAGUAA